AUGCCAGAUCGAACCAAAUCGAGACCAACCCACGUCGGCAUUUCACUAAAGUUUCGAUUUUUAUCUGAGGAUCUCUACAGAGGCCUUCUCCGAAACAGCAGCACCUCUCGAGAGAAGAAUCAUCAUCUCUUCUCUGAGGGGUUGUACUUUGGUGGGUUUGAUACGGUUAAGGAGGUUUUGUCUGAGGAGGAUAAAGAGCUGGCGUUGUGGGUGAGAUGGGUUUUGGCUCAGGGUGUGACUACUUUUGCUGGUUUGGCUUCUCACCCGUUGGAUACGGUUAGGAGGAGGAUCAUGAUGCAGUCUGGGAUUGAGAAUCCCAUGUAUAGGAGUGAAGGGUUGGCUUCUUUUUACCGUGGAGCGCUUUCGAAUAUGUUUAGGAGUAUUGGUUCGGCUGCAAUCUUGGUUUUGUAUGAUGAAGUGAAGAAGUUCUUGAAUUGGAGAGGGGAUCUAAGAGGUAAGCUCUUAUGA